AUGUCACCGUUGGACCGUGAACCGAUCGAUGCUGCUGCUGCAGCCGAGAAGCAACAGAUGCAUGAACCACCACAACCACCUCUCGCACGGGCGCCUUCCUCCCGGAAACAGGACGAACGCCUCGACUCCAACAGGCCUGAGCACUUGGACCCUCUGGACGACCCUGAAAAUCAAUCGCCCAUGUCGCGUCGCCACACCGAUAGCCAUAUGAACACCAGUUCCAGCAGCGACGAUGGGUAUGACACCGAAAAGGACAGCGACGAAGAUGCCGACGAGUACGACGGCCACCGCAUCACCAGCCGAGACAUCCGACUGACCCGUACUCGCACCAACCGGAGCAUGAGAUCCAGCACCAAGGAAGGACCGGAGCACGCCAACACCACCGGCAGACUCGACCUCACCAAGACUGUUUCCCGACGUGACACUGUCCUCUCGCGCCUGCGAUCCCGCCCUACCGCCCGAUUCGAGUUCAACCAUCCGCUAGCACACACCCCGACUGGCAAGGAUGUUAUUGUCGACUUCGAGGGUCCCGACGACCCCUACCGCCCCAUGAACUGGCCCAUGAAGAAGAAGAUCAUGACCACGAUGCUCUACGGCUUGAUCACCAUGAGUGCCAGCUGGGCCUCCUCCAGCUACUCGGCCGGUACUGCACAGGUCUCGAAUCACUUCCACGUUGGCCAUGAGGUAGCUGUCCUGGGUACUUCCAUCUUCUUGGUUGGUUUCGGUAUUGGCCCUCUGCUAUGGGCGCCGUUGAGUGAGGACUAUCAAACUCUGAUGAUUACCCGCUUCUUUGGUGCCUUCUUUUCUUCGGCUCCUGUGACCAACACCGGUGGUGUGCUGGGAGACUUGUUCUCGCCUGCCGAAAGAGGUAUCGCCAUGGCGGGAUAUGCCAUGGCAGUUGUUGGUGGUCCAGCCAUCGGCCCCGUCGUCUCAGCUGCGGUUGCCAUUCAGCCCAGUCUCGGUUGGCGCUGGACCCUCUACCUCACCGGCAUCCUACAAGCCUUCGUUCUCGCUCUCGGCUUGAUCUUCAUCGACGAAUCUUAUCCUCCGCGACUGCUCGUCAACAAAGCUCGUCGCCUGCGCAUCCAAACCGGAAACUGGGCACUCCACGCCAAGUUUGAGGAAUGGGACGUCACCUUCUCUGAGCUCGCCCAAAAGUUCUUACUUCGCCCGGUGCAGCUCCUUUGCACGCCCAUCUGCUUCCUCGUCGCUCUUUAUGCUAGCUUCUGCUACGGUAUUCUGUACAUGCAGCUUGGCGCGAUUCCCAUUAUCUUUGGCGAAGUCCGCGGGUGGACGCAGCUGGUUGCUACUCUGCCGUUAUUGUGCAUCUUCAUUGGUGCCAUGAUCGGUUGCGGCGCGAACGUGUAUAACCAGUUUCUCUACAACAAGGCGUACCACGCCGCUGGCGACCGCGCCGUUCCUGAACGCCGUCUGCCGCCCAUGAUGGUUGGGUCCGUGAUCUUUUCGGGUGGGCAGUUCAUGCUCGGGUGGACUGCGCCCAAAGAUAUUCACUGGAUUGUGCCCUGCAUCGGUCUGGUUCUUAUGGGAUCGGGAUUCUUCAUGAUCUUCCAGGCUGCGCUGAAUUACUUGGUCGAUACGUUUACGCGGUAUGCGGCGUCGGCGGUGGCUGCGAACACGUUCCUCCGCUCGUGCUUUGCAUGCGCGUUUCCCUUGGUUGUCACUCCCAUGUUCCAUAACAUUGGUGUGGGACCGGGAUCGUCGAUUACCGGAGGGUUUGCGGCUUUGUUGAUACCCGUUCCGUUUGUCUUUUUCGUCUAUGGAAAGAGGAUCAGAAAGAGGUCGAAGUGGUCGAGACCUAGCGUUUAUGACUGA